AUGUGUAUUCUUCAACAGAACCAACAGCUUCGUCAUCAGCAACUGCUGACUGUGCAAAAUGGAUUUCAAAAGAACUCAUGCCAUCAUCGUGUUCUACAACAUAGUCCAUAUUCAAUUUUAUUCGGCACCGAACCAAAAGUUGGUUUAGCCUCAACAUCAUUACAUCCGUCAAUAUUUAAUAAAAUUACAACUGAAGAACAGUUAAAUGAUGAAUUAAAUGAUGAAUUAAAUGAUGAAUUAAGUAAUGAAUUAAAUAGUGAAUUAAGUAAUGAAUUAAAUGAUGAAUUAAAUAAUGAAUCAAAUGAUGAAUUAAAUAAUGAAUCAAAUGAUGAAUUAAAUAAUGAUCCAAAAUGA